AUGACUACCAACUCUGCUGCGUGGAUCCUCGAGCCCAAAGCUCACCCGUUCGUGGUUAAGGAAGCACCGACAUAUACUCCCGAAGCCAACGAAAUUCUUGUCAAAAAUCAUGCACUGGCCAUUGCCCCUGUAGAUGGUGGUAUUCAAACCAGGGCUUGGUUCCCCAUCACCUACCCAGCAAUCCUUGGCCAAGAUGUUGCAGGCGAAGUUGUCGCUAUUGGCCCCAAUGUCACCAGGUUCAAGAUCGGCGAUCGAGUUAUUGGUCAUGGAGCGGGAUUUGCUACAAAGAGCAUUCGGGACUUCGCUUUCCAAAACUAUACCGUUAUCCUGACCAACAUGGCCAGUGAGCUCCCGGAUAAUAUCUCAUACGAAGAGGGCUGUGUUGUUCCUCUCGGCCUCUCGACUGCUUCUUGUGGUCUUUUUCAGGAUGAUCACCUGGGUCUUCAACUCCCAACAGAGCCCCGUGGUGUCAACAGUGGAGUAGUUCUCGUUUGGGGUGGUGCUAGCAGCGUGGGAAGCAAUGCUAUUCAGCUCGUCGUCUCUGCAGGAUAUGAGGUUUUCACCACCGCAUCACCGAAGAAUUUUGAAAUAGUCAAGAAACUCGGUGCUAGCCAGGUUUUUGAUUACAAUAGCCCUACUGUUGUUCAGGAAAUUACCGCGGCACUUCAGGGCAAGACUCUGGCUGGUGCUUUGGACUGCAUUGGCUUCGUUGCUACCCCUAUGACUGUUGAGGUUGUUCGCAAGUCUGAGGGAAAUAAAUUCGUGUCUACUGUUAAGCCUGGCUUCGAGUCUCCUGAGGGUAUCACUGUCAAGCACAUCUUUGGUACCACUCUCAAGGAUAAUCAUGUCGGUAAGGCCAUUUAUGAGGACUUCCUACCCAAGGCGCUCAAGGUUGGCACUUUCACCCCUGCACCGAGUCCUUUGAUUGCUGGACAUGGAUUGGAGAGUAUUCAGGGUGCUGUUGAUCUACAGGCUAAAGGAACAUCCGCUCAGAAGAUUAUUGUUACUCUGUAA